AUGUCAGCCAAUGCGGUAACAUAUCUGCCAUUGGAAAGCAAAGACUCGUAUGGAUACCAACAGUCCUCAGAGUGCGCCCUAAUAUUGCAGAGGACUUACGCUGCCGACGGCAAACGUACCAAAAAUCACGCCCCUAUUUAUGGGGGAUUUUUUGAGCUUUUUAAAGGCGAAGGAAAUCUUUACGAUGGAGACUACGGGGACAACCAGUACGAUGAGGUCUGUAUCAGGUAUUCUGAUGUAAAUGCGGUCAUCAGGUCAGCCAUGAAUCGGCUCAACUAUAAGCGGCCCAACGGUAUCGAUAGUCUGGAGCCGGCGCCCGAUAUGAUUGGCGAGACGUCCGAAGUGUCACUACUGGCCACACAUAUGUUGGCCGAUAAAUUUGAUUUAACUCACGACGAGAUACUAAACGGUUUGCCACUAAUAGAUAUGUCGCGAACCAUAUACUGGAAUCACUGUCCACUUCAUGUAAAACCAAUUCCCUGUGCUAUUAGCCGAUACCGGACUUAUACGGCUCACUGUAAUAAUCUAAAGAACCCGAGUUGGGGCGCAUCCAACACACCGUUUGUCCGAUAUUUACCGCCCGUCUAUGCCGACGGUAUUGAAGCCGAUCGUAUCAGUGUUAUAAAAGGGGCCAAAUUGCCAAACCCGCGACUGGUGUCGGCCGUAGUCCAUAAAGAUCAUGACCAGCCGUCGCCCGAACUAACCAUUCUAAUCAUGAGUUGGGGCCAAUUCAUCGACCACGACGUUGCACUGGCGGCACCUCCUAGAAUGUUUCCCGACGGCAAAGAAGCCGAUUUUGAUUGCUGUAAAAUGCCUGUCAAUGAGAGACACCCGCUGUGCAAACCGUUUGAAUUAGCCGACGACGACCCGCUCUAUGGAGAGGUCGGCCAAAAAUGUCACGAUUUUAAACGAUCGGUUGCCGGCCAUCGACCCAACUGUGCAUUAGGUCCACGGGUACAUGUAAACACACUGACCGCCCCCAUUGAUGCCAAUUUUGUUUACGGCUCAACUGAGGCCGUGGCUCUCAGGCUCAGGGCUUUCAAAGGAGGUCUGAUGCGAGUCUGGGAUCGUUUCCGUGAAUACGGUCUGAAACCAUUGUUACCGCCGGAAACCGAAAACCCUGAGCUGGACUGUGCCGGUCGUCCUCGACAUCUGUUCUGUUUCAUUGCCGGAGACGUUAGGGUUAACGAACAAAUUCAUUUGACAGUAUUGCACACCUUCUACGUCCGCGACCACAACCGUAUAGCCGUACAGUUGGCCAAAAUGAACCCUCACUGGGACGACGAAAAAAUAUAUCAGGAAACCAGACAUAUUGUGGCCGCUUCGGUACAACACAUCACUCUUAACGAAUUAUUGCCGCUACUGAUUGGCGAAGAGUUGGUCCAUCGGUACAAUCUGACCGAAGAAAAGGAUGGCUACUGGAAUGGCUACGAUCCUAACGUUCAUACGGCACCGGCACAGGGAUUCACUACCGCUGCCUUCCGAUUUGGACACACCUUUAUUCAAGGACUUGUCAGACGUUACAACAAAUAUCACGAGUUUCUCGGCGACCAUCAUCUGAGACAUCUACUGAAACAACCGUUUAUUGUCUACGAACCGGGAAAGCUGGACGAACUGGCGUUGGGUAUGAUCAACACACCGGCCCAGGACUACGACCCGUUCAUUACUGUGGAAGUGUCCGGACAUCUCUUUCAAGGACCCGAUGGAAAGGUUGGUAUGGAUUUGCCAGCAAUCAAUUUGGCCCGUGCCCGGGAACAAGGCGUUCCUGGUUAUAAUAUAUACCGCGAGUGGUGUGGCCUACCGCGGGCCGAAACAUUUGACGAUCUGGAGCCGUGGCUCAACAACGACACUGCCUUUCAUUACUCGAAACUCUACGCACAUCCGGACGACAUUGAUCUGUGGAGCGGCGGUAUAUCUGAGCGCCGAUUGCCCGGCGCUAUGAUUGGACCCACUUUUGCCUGUAUUGUUGCCCGAAAUUUUGCAAACAUCAGACGCGGCGAUCGAUUCUGGUUUGAAAACUCCGGGUUUCCGUCGGCCUUCACACCGGAACAGUUGCAUCAGAUCAAGAAGUAUACUCAGGCAAAGAUUAUCUGCGAAAACGGCGACGAUAUACCAAACAUUCAGAUGUGGGUUCUUCGCAAAGCACAUCCUAUUUUCAAUCCGAGGGUCAGGUGCGAGGAUCUGCCCGAUAUAGACCUGAGCUAUUGGCAGGAAGACUCCAUCAAUGGUGGCUAUCCAUUGAAAAAGUGA